GCUCUUAAAGCGAACGUCGGAGGCGGAACCUGAACCGACAGUUGUCUGUUUCUGGAGGAACUUUGUGAGUUUGACAGCGGGUCCAGUUCAGUGGUAGGUACGGUGUGGUGACAGGUGGACAGGUCGGUAGAUACACCUGCUGAGGCUCGUUACAACCGGCAGGGUUUCAGCUGAGAGGCGGACAUGGUCUCCACGAUCCAGAACACGGACGUGAAGCAGAAAGAUGCUGAUCGUGCAGUGGUCGUCGCAGUAACGUCUCGCGCAGUGUUCGAAUCUGGAGCUGAUGAUGGUGAUGACGUGUACGGAGCAGGUGUGGCUUUCCCGCUGCUGCAGGCGCUGCAGAGAGUGAACGAACGUCUGCUGGAGGAAAAUCCUGCUGAGUCGCUGCUGUUUGAUGUCAUCCUGAUCACCACUGACAGCCAGCAACAGCAGCAGAGCUCCCGCAUCAUCAGCAGCACCAGACAUUACGGUCUUGAAGUCAGCAGGUUCUGUUUUUCCAGUGAGGAAGAUUUCAUCGAGAGUUUACUGAAAAAUAACGUGCAGCUCUUCCUGUCAACGGACAGAAACGAGGCGCCGCGGGCAUCGCAGAAAGGUGUUCUCUCAGCGCUGCUGGACCAGCAGGUAGCUCCGUCAGAGCAGCUCAGAGUAAUGUUCUGCGGAGACGCUGUCAUCCGCCCCGACACUGACCCGAUGCCGGCGAGCCGACUGGCCGCUCAGAAUUUCUCGGCUCAGCUCGGCAAGAUGCGGCAGAGGUUCAGCAUGUUGGACAGCCCUCUCAGCAUCGUCCUGGUGACGUCACAUGGCGGCAGGGAAAGUUGCGGCGGUGCCCUGCGGACACUGCGGUCCCGUGGCUUGAGCGUGGACGAGGCGUACUGUCUGGCUGGGGCCCCGCGGAGCCCCAUCCUGUCCGUGCUCCGAACUCACUUCCUGCUCAGCGACGGCUUCUGCAGCCUGGAGGAGUGAUGACGUCCCAAUCUGUCACAUGACCUCGCAAUAAAACUUCACUGUGUCUUUGAAACAAGCUGCCAAAUCCUCAGAUAGAGCUCAGAGUGAAACACCUGUUUGAACAAAACGUCUCGGCUCAUUGAGCCUCAAAGAGCUAAUCAGUGAUCCUGACGUCAAGUUAAGAUGAUGCCAAAAUUCAAACCACAGGAUUGGACAAAGUCACACAGCCGUUAACUGACUGUAUGUUUUGUCCACAAAUAUGUAUUUUAGUUUUUAAAUUAGAUGUUAAAAAAAAACUAAUUAGUAUGUGUGCAGCUGUAUUACAGUCCAGUCUUUCUGCAAUACUGCAAUCUAAACAUUUUAAUGAUGAGGGAGAAACGUGAAUUUGUAAAUUCUACACUAAGCUGAAGGCACUGUGUUUGAACUUUGACCCUUAAUGUUGGAAAUGCUGAGCAGAGGCUAUUUGUCACCUAUAAUUUCAUCAGUUUAACUGUAUUUAAGUGUUUGUUUGUUUUUUGUCUGUUACUUUUUGUUUCCUUGCAGCUGUGUGUCUGAUAACAGUCUUUAUUUAAACCUCAUCUUGUACUCUGCUGCUCUGUCAUUUAGUGUUAGACCAGUUCAGCUAUCAGAUCGACAUGUUGACAGCACAACAGCCUCAUUCUGUUUCUGAAGCUCUGUAUAUAUUUAACAGUGACAUAUUACGGAGCCUCUGAAGUCCUGAAAGAUGAUAUUAUUUUGUAUCUUGUGCACACAACUUCUCAUUAAAGUGUCAGAAGAUCUGUCUUAGUACCACACCUGUGGUUCUGAUAUAUGGACUGAAGAUAUCCCUACAGAAAGAAGUAAAAAGAAAA